CACAUCUUAGCUAUUCUGUCAGCGUCAAUUGACAUGUAGUUUUCUGUCAACUACAAACGAGUUGUUUAGGUUAUGUUGAAUUUGUAAAAUGUAUUGACAAAGUUUCAAAAAAGUACAAAAACAUUAACAUCUUUAUUUAGUAGUACGCGUUAAAUAAUUGUCCAUCAAAAUGGCUAUGAUAAGAGCCGGCUUACAACGUCUCGCCAGCGUAUUUAACAGUCAAGGUGGAAUCCUGUCAAGAUUGAUCACACAAAACUCACCAUCUCAGAACACAACCAUACCGGAUACUACAAAGGACGUAAUAGCAACGUGUAACAAAUUAAUCGAAGGAAGGUCGUCACGUAACUUCGCAAUAGUACAUUUACUCGGUAAGCAGUGGCGUGUCACGGACGGCGAUCUCCUCGUAGUGGAAGGAUACUGGCCACCAAAUAUAGGAGAUAAAAUAACUCUGGAUAAAGUAUUAUUAGCAGCAACCAAAGACUUUUCGUUAAUUGGCCGGCCCCUAGUACAACCUGGCCUAGUUACUGUGACUGCCACAAUAAUAUCCAAAGGUCUUUCCCACACAAGGACACACUUCAAAAAGAAGAGGAGGAAACAAUUUAUGAGGAUUAACUUUCAAAGAGCGCAACAAACUAUGUUAAGAAUAAACUCUGUAGAAAUAGCCAAUAGGAUUAACGAAGCACCUAAAAAUGUUUUUUAACUAACUAUAUAACUGGUAGUUUUAAUAAAUCAUCAAAAGUAGAA